AUGAAUGCUAUACCACCAGAUGGAGAGGUGGUGAAUCCCGAGGCUGCACCUGAAGUUUUGGCACCCGACCCCGUAACUACGAUACCUGCGGAAGAAGAUGGCGAAGUCGUGGAGCCUUUGGAUGCCGAGCAGUCUCCAGAGUUGGAUGAGGCCGAGCUGGCAGCCCGAUACGGAAUGGAAAACAUUGUGGAAGUCUCCACUGGAGGAUACGAGUCAGACCCCAAUCAAGAUCAAGUCACCCAGGGCGUCUCCAGAAGCGCCAUUGAAAAGCUCGAGAGGAACAGUUGCUGUGUCUGGGACGGCGGCGGAUGCUGCUGUAUUUGUUUAGAGGAACUGAAUGGGGUAGACAAAGUGAUGGAGAUACCGUGUUCGCAUCUCUUUCACAGCAAAUGCAUUGUCAAGUGGUUCGAGAGGACUGACUCGUGUCCGCUUUGUCGUAGCAAAGUAGAAGUAGAAGAUCCAGAGUAG